AUGUCCUGGUUUAGCGGCUUCCUAGUGGCCAGAGUGGACGACCGCAAGACCUCGUGGGGGGAGCGCAAUGGCAAGAAGUCCAAGCAGAAGGGAGGCUCAUCCUUCUGCAACCCGCGUUACAUGAGCUGCCUGCGGGACCCGGACGCCAUGGAGCCCCCCUCUGGAGCCCCCCUCCACCCCCACCACCGCGGAGGGGGGGCUGGGGCGGCGGGCGGGGGGGGCAACUUUGGCGUGCGCUGCAUCUGGCAAGAAGACCACUAUGGCAAACGGGGCGGCGCCACCGGGGAAGGGGUGGGGCUCAAAUCUGUCGACCUGGGCUUUGAGGACGGGGACCUGAAAGGGAGGAAGGGGGGGUGUAGCGGGGGUGGUGGGGAAGGGGGGGAAGAGGGUCCCAAUGGGGAAGGGGAGGUGACGGUGGCGGACUGCUGGCUGCGGGUGAUGCAGGUGUUCCAGUCCAAGAAAUUCCAGUCUCAUAAACUGGAGCGUCUGUACCAGCGCUACUUCUUCAGGCUCAACCAGAGCUCCCUCACCAUGCUGAUGGGGGUGCUUGUGAUCGUGUGCGGCGUGAUGCUUACCUUCCAUUGUGUCCAUGCACCCCCGGACGUGGCCUACUCCUCGGCCCUCUCUGUGGCCAUGGCCUUGUUCAUGGCCUUCAUGUUUGUGUGUAACCGGAACGGCUUCCACCAGGACUACAUGUGGAUGGUGAGCUACCUGGUCAUCGGGGUGCUGUUGCUGGUGCAGGUGUUCGGGGUGCUGAUGGUGGCGCCUCGCAGCGCGUCUGAGGGCAUCUGGUGGUCUGUCUUCUUCAUCUACAUCAUCUACACGCUGCUGCCUGUCAGGAUGAGAGCAGCCGUGCUGAGCGGAGGGGUGCUCUCCACCAUUCACCUGGUCACCACCUGGCAGUUCAACCAGGAAGACGUGUUCCUCUGGAAACAGGUAGGAACUCAGCCUGCUCCCAAUCCAUCAUAGAGAUAUAGUAUAUGUUCUAUAUAAUUAUGUGGGUGCCAUAGUGUACACAACUGAAGGCAACUCUUCUAUUGUUGCUAAGUGACGUCUUUGGCAUGACAAUGAAUAAACACAGACAGGACUAUCCAAAUAAAUUGUGACCGGCACUACUCCUUUGGCUGUCCGGCUAUGUUAAUUGACUGAGUUUUUGCUUUGGCUUGAGCGUAGGCCUUCAUUCCACUCACGGUUGAUGAGACAUUUGGGUGAUGACCCAUAUAGGCAGCAGCUUACUAGCCCACUUUUUUGGGUUAGAUGGGCUUCUUGGCCUGCAGUUUGUUGUAUUAAUUGAUUUCUACGACUGCAGUGAGUGUGUCUUUGCAAGCUGAUACUUUGUGGUAUCUGGGUCUUGCUCUUGGACCUACAACACAGGCUACAAUAUUAUUAUUGUAUCAGUGCAGCCAACCAUGUGGUACUAGUCUGACAAGACAUUGUUUUCAGGACCAUCAUUUUGAAUAAGAUUUUACCAACCUAGGGCAACUCUUAGGGCAACAUAUAUCCAUUGUUUUUGUCUAAAUUGCUCAGCUCAGUACAUUUGGUUGGGAAUCAUUGCUGGACAACAAUAUUCAAACCUUGUCUCUGAUUCUCAAGCAGAUUUAAGUCAGGACUGAGACUGGACCAUUCAGGAACAGUCAACACCUCUUGGAAAUACCAUUCUGGUGUCUUUGGCAUUAAAAUGGGUGUUAUUGUCCCGCUGAAAAAAACCCCUCUAUCCCAGGGUUUUCAGAAGACUGAGGCAGUUUAUCCGAUAACUUUUUACAUAGUCUUUGCUUCUUUCAUAUUUAAUUUGAUCCUGACAAACUCCCAAGUCCCUGCUGUUGACAAGCAUACAAAUAACAAUGAUGCUGCUACCACAAUACUUGAAAAUGUUACUUGAAUACUUGAAUUUCCGUUCACUUUGAGUAGGUUGUGUAGAUCAGUAAGAAAAUAAAUCAAAUGUAAUUCCUUUUUAGAUUACAUUUUAAGGCAGCAAAAUGUAAAGACGUUUUGGUCACUGGAUGGAACAGUGUGUUUGUCACUGUGUUGUCAGUAUAUUUCUGAAUGUUUUGUAACAGUGUGUUUGUCAGUGUGUUGAGGCAGUGAGUGUGUGUGUGUGUGUGUGUGUGUGUGUGUGUGUGGGUGCGUGCAGGUGUGUGUGUGUGCGAGUGUGUAUAUGUGUGUUUGUGUAUGUACGUGUGUGUGUGUGGCCUACUGUAGGUUGUUUGUGCGUCAUGCCAAGGACCCAGGGGCUAGCUGAAGGUCAGUGGGCUAAAUGAACUGCCUCGGCCGGCCGGCUGUGUGUGUGUUUGUUUCUGCGUGCGUGUUUGUGUGUGUGUGUGUGUGUACGUGCGUGUGUGUAUGUUUUUGCACGUGCUAACAUGCACACUCGUGUAAGUGCGCAUGCUCAUGGCGCAUGCGGGUGUGAGUGAGUGUUUGCCAGAGAGAGAAUACCAUGGCCCAUGAUAAUAUAAAUCAGUAUCACUCAGGUCUCUGUGCUCCCACACAAGAGACACUUUGUACUUUUUCCAAGGGUGGGGGGUUCUGUAUGGAGGCUGAGGCUAGGUGCGUUCUGUACUACUGUAAUUGUUGUGUAACAGUUUAUGACCAUUGGGAGAAGGUAUGGGAGAGGAAUAAUGGGGCGAUCAUUCCAGGAAAAACAAUAAGGGGACACAGAAUAAUUUUUGGCUUCAAGGUAGAACAUUAGUCGUUAUAUGUUGAUUGAAGAGGACAUGAUUUGAUAACUGCCCACUGAGAGAGUGCUCAGCCUUGGUACAGGUUCACAUUUUCACAAGGCAAUUGUGCAUGAAAUAACUUCAUGUCAGAAUUAUAGGCUUUAUAUAUAUAUAGAUAUAUACACUGAGUGUACAAUAUUAGGAAGGUGUUAUAUGUCUAUACACAUAUUUUGUAGAAAACAGAAUUGUUUACCAAAGGACGUUAUUUGGGAAGAGGAAAAGGGAACCCAUUUGGUUUCCGUGAAAGAGAGAUAAGAGAUAGUUUACAACAUGUUGUUUUUCAUUCAUUGAGACAGAACUAUACUGGACUGUCACUCCUGACUAGACUCAUGCCUAUUAUUGAUCAAGCCACUGUAGGAAAGAUCACUGCUCAAGAAUAUGGUAGCCUGCCAACAUCUGUGUAACAUCUCUAUGGUGCUAUAUGGUGAGAACUGGGCUACUGGGCAUGUGCAUAAUGUAAAGGUGUUCUCAAUGACCCCCACAUCAUGCAUAUGACACAAUGCACAGAGUGUUUUGCUUGCUGUGGUAAAAUGAAUGAGGGUCCUAUUGAAUGAGCAGAGCCGAGCGAUGGUGAGAUCCUUCCUGUGAUCGUCCAUGUGUGUACAGGGCUGUACAGUAAUAAAGUGCCAUCCAUCACUUCUUUACGAUUGUGUGCAAGUAUUUCCCCUUUCUUUGAUAACUCAUUAACCACACUGGGUUUCUGUUGGCGUCGUUAGCCACAGAUAAUGAUGAACGAACACACGCACACAGUGUAAGGACAUUGUAGUGUAAUUAGGAUGCAGGGUAUGUUGUCUGCCUGUCACUCGUAUGUAUCGCUGGCCUCUCUCCACCUGUCACUGAUCCAAGCCCCCUGCUGAGAGCACGUCUCCCUGGGCUGGAUUACAACUCUAGAACCAGGAUGUGUUUGGGCCUUUAAUCUGUCAUGGUCUGUGUGGAAAUAAGACCUCUUCUUCACUCACUGGUGCUGUAGCCUUUUUAAUGUGUGUGUGUGACUGUGUGUGUGUGUGUGCAUAUGAAUGUGUGCGUAUGUGUGUGUUUCUGUGUGGGUUGAGGGACUGUACACAUAUUGUUUCCAUUUACAAUAAUGGAGGGCUGUGUUCUCUGAAAAGCCUUGGUGGGUAGAUGCUGUGUGUGUGCACACGUGUGUGUACACUGUAUGUGUGUUUGCAUGAUGCAUGUGUGAAUUUGCAAUUCCAAUGCAACUCUUAUAAGUCUUUAAAGAUUGUAAUAAUUGCAUAGCUUUAGAAAAAUCCUGGAAUAGCUUUACUGCUCGCUGAGAGGUCAAGGGCGAUUCAAAGAGUCUCCAGGCCAAACCCUUCACAGACUGUAGAUCCUGCACCUAGUAGAUCUGCUCACACUGUAGGGCUCCUCAGAUGCACGUCAUUAUCAUUUGUUUGUUUGUAUUUCCUUUGGCAGAACAAAGGGGAUUACAGAUCUAACACCCAGAUCAGAUCAUGGUUCAGGUAAAAAUGCUUUGUGGAGAGACUAUGCUAGACUAAUACCUUUAGCUGCAUCAUAGGUACUAAACUCUGUGUUUGGAACCAAAUAUUUCUUAUGGAUAACAUUUAGGUACAUGCCACUUAUUUUGUCACUUGGAUAGUCAUUAUAGCGUAUUGUGUGUAGUGUAGCCUAAAACUGCUGUUUUUAAUGUUUGGGUAUUUUUGUGUCGAAGCCAGCGAAAUAGACCUAAACUUCUUCUCAGUUUUUUAUUGUAAACAACCAAAUUAAACAUUUGGGAAGUAAGCCUCACUCAAUUAGAAAAUACUCUCUGCUCUUUCCUUCGCUCUCUCUUUGUAAUCCUGAAUGUCUUCUCUUUUCCCAGCUGGAAUCAAUUAACCACACACACACACACACACACACACACACACACACACAGACACACACAUGUGUGUGUAACCAUCUCACUGAGAAAUUGUCGUAAUAUUUGUGUGAUUCAGAUCUAAACAUUGGAAAAGUUGGUUCUUCUCAAUGUUCGGCCACCACAGACAAAUUAAACAGCAGAGACAAAGACAACACAGGAAGACACCACAAAGUGCAACUAUAAAUGACUAAGGACAUUUUUGUCCCCUUACGUAGUACAAGCUCAUUUGUUGUUCUGCGUAUUUAACAUUUCUGCUAACCAUUGUGUUGCGUCACAUGGAACAGUCUUAUCAGAGUCUGCGUCAUAGCAGCCACUCACUCUAUCCCUCUCUGUAUACACACACUUACACUCACAUUCGUGUGUGUGUACCAUGUCACACACACUAACACACACUCUCCCUCAUGCACAAGCACACACAUGCGCACACAGGCAGGCUGGCACGUACCCACACACUCAUACAGUGCCUUGCAAAAGUAUUCAUCCCCCUUGGCAUUUUUUAAAUUUGGAUUUCAUGUAAUGGACAUACACAAAAAAAGAAAAAGAGAAAGAAUAAAUAACGGAAAAGUGGUGCAUGCAUAUGUAUUCACCCCCUUUGCUAUGAAGCCCCUAAAUAAGAUCUGGUGCAACCAAUUACCUUCAGAAGUCACAUAAUUAGUUAAAUAAAGUCCACCUGUGUGCAAUCUAAGUCAAAUAAAAUCAAAUCAAAUUUUAUUUGUCACAUACACGUGUUUAGCAGAUGUUAUAGCGGGUGUAGCGAAAUGCUUGUGCUUCUAGCUCCGACAGUGCAGUAAUAUCUAACAAUUUCACAACAUAUACCCAAUACACACAAUAAAGUAAGGAAUGGGAUUUAAGAAUAUAUACAUAUAUGGACAAGCAAUGACAGAGCGGCAUGGACUAAGAUACAAAAGUAUAUUAUAGAAUAGAAUGCAGUAUAUCCCAUCACGGUUGACAACUCCGUUGUGUCCUCCUCCCAGAGUGCGAAGAGCCUUGGCGUGACCCUGGACAACACCUUGUCGUUCUCCGCUAACAUCAAGGCGGUGACCCGAUCCUGUAGGUUCAUGCUCUACAACAUUCGGAGAGUACGACCCUGCCUUACACAGGAAGCGGCACAGGUCCUAAUCCAGGCACUUGUCAUCUCCCGUCUGGAUUACUGCAACUCGCUGUUGGCUGGGCUCCCUGCCUGUGCCAUUAAACCCCUACAACUCAUCCAGAAUGCCGCAGCCCGUCUGGUGUUCAACCUUCCCAAGUUCUCUCACGUCACCCCGCUCCUCCGCACACUCCACUGGCUUCCAGUUGAAGCUCGCAUCCGCUACAAGUCCAUGGUGCUUGCCUACGGAGCAGUGAGGGGAACGGCACCUCCGUACCUUCAGGCUCUGAUCAGUCCCUACACCCAAACGAGGGCACUGCGUUCAUCCACCUCUGGCCUGCUGGCUCCCCUACCUCUGCGGAAGCAUAGUUCCCGCUCAGCCCAGUCAAAACUGUUCGCUGCUCUGGCACCCCAAUGGUGGAACAAGCUCCCUCACGACGCCAGGACAGCGGUGUCACUCACCACCUUCCGGAGACAUUUGAAACCCCACCUCUUUAAGGAAUACCUGGGAUAGGAUAAAGUAUAAAGUAAUCCUUCUACCCCCCCCCCCCCCCUUUACUCCAACCCCCCCCCCCCCCCCCCCCACCCCCCCCCAAAAAAAAAAAAAACAUUGUAAAGUGGUUAUCCCACUGGCUAUAAGGUGAAUGCACCUAUUUGUAAGUCGCUCUGGAUAAGAGCGUCUGCUAAAUGACGGAAAUGUAAAUGUAAAUGUAUAUACAUAUGAGAUGAGUAGUGCAAGAUAUGUAAACAUUAUUAAAGUGACUAGUGUUCCAUUUCUUAAAGUGGCCAGUGAUUUCAAUAGGCAGCAGCCUCUAAUGUGCUAGUGAUGGCUAUUUAACAGUCUGAUGGCCUUGAGAUAGAAGCUGUUUUUCAUUCUCUCGGUCCCAGCUUUGAUGCACCUGUACUGACCUCGCCUUCUGGAUGAUAGCGGGGUGAAGAGGCAGUGGCUCGGGUGGUUGAUGUCCUUGAUGAUCUUUUUGGCCUUCCUAUGACAUCGGGUGCUGUAUGUGUCUUGGAGGGCGGGUAGUUUGCCCCCGGUAAUGCGUUCGGCAGACCGCACCACCCUCUGGAGAGCUCUGCGGUUGCGGGCGGUGCAGUUGCCGUACCAGGCAGUGAUACAGCCCGACAGGAUGCUCUCAAUUGUGCAUCUGUAAAAGUUUGUGAGGGUUUUAGGUGAUAAGCCAAAUUUCUUCAGCCUCCUGAGGUUGAAGAGGCUCUGUUGCGCCUUCUUCACCACACUGUCUGCGUGGGUGGACCAUUUCAGUUUGUCGGUGAUGUGUACGCCAAGGAACUUUAAGCUUUCCACCUUCUCCACUGCGGUCAGGUCAAUGUGGAUAGGGGGGUGCACCCUCUGCUGUUUCCUGAAGUCCACGAUCAUCUCCUUUGUUUUGUUGAUGUUGAGUGAGAGGUUAUUUUCCUGGCACCACACUCCCAGAGCCCUCACCUCCUCCCUGUAGGCGGUCUCGUCAUUGUUGGUAAUCAAGCCUACUACUGUUGUGUCGUCUGCAAACUUGAUGAUUGAGUUGGAGGCGUGCUUGGCCGCGCAGUCAUGGGUGAACAGGGAGUACAGGAGGGGGCUGAGCACGCACCCUUGUGGGGCCCCAGUGUUGAGGAUCAGCGAAGUAGAGAUUUUGUUUCCUACCUUCACCACCAGGGGGCGGCCCGUCAGGAAGUCCAGGACCCAGUUGCACAGGGCGGGGUUCAGACCCAGGGCCUUGAGCUUAAUGAUGAGCUUGGAGGGUACUAUGGUGUUGAAUGCUGAGCUAUAGUCAAUGAACAGCAUUUUUACAUAGGUAUUCCUCUUGUCCAGAUGGGAUAGGGCAGUGUGCAGUGUGAUGGCAAUUGCAUCGUCUGUGGAUCUAUUGGGGGCGGUAAGCAAAUUGAAGUGGGUCUAGGGUGACAGGUAAGGUAGAGGUGAUAUGAUCCUUGACUCUCAAAGCACUUCAUGAUGACAGAGGUGAGUGCUACAGGGCGAUAGUAAUUUAGUUCAGUUACCUUUGCUUUCUUGGGUACAGGAACAAUGGUGGCCCUCUUGAAGCAUGUGGGAACAGCAGACUGGGAAAGGGAGAGAUUGAAUAUGUCAAUGAACACACCAGCCAGCUGGUCUGCGCAUGCUCUGAGGACGCGGCUAAAGAUGCCAUCUGGGCCGGCAGCCUUGCGGGGGUUAACAUGCUUAAAUGUCUUAAUCACGUCGGCCAUGGAGAAGGAGAGGCCACAGUCCUUGGUAGUGGGCCUCGUCAGUGGCACUGUGUUAUCCUCAAAGCGGGCGAAGAAGGUGUUUAGCUUGUCUGGAAGCGAUACGUCGGUGUCGGCGACGUGGCUGGUUUUCUUAUUGUAGUCCGUGAUUGUCUGUAGACCCUGCCACAUACGUCUUGUGUCUGAGCCGUUGAAUUGCGACUCCACUUUGUCUCUAUACUGAUGUUUUGCCAGUUUAAUUGCCUUGCGGAGUGAGUAACUACACUGUUUGUAUUCUGCCAUAUUCCCAGUCACCUUGCCAUGGUUGAAUGCGGUGGUUCGCGCUUUCAGAUUUGCGCGAAUGCUGCCGUCUAUCCACGGUUUCUGAUUAGGGUAGGUUUUAAUAGUCACAGUGGGCACAACAUCACCUAUACACUUCCUGAUGAACUCAGUCACUGUUUCAGUGUAUAUGUCUAAAUUAUUUUCGGAAGCUAACCGGAACAUAUCCCAGUCCGCGUGAUCAAAACAAUCUUGAAGCGUGGAUUCCGAUUGGUCAGACCAGCGUUGAAUAGUCCUUAGCACGGGUACUUCCUGUUUGAGUUUCUGCUGAUAGGAAGGGAGAAGCAAAAUGAAGUCGUGGUCAGAUUUGCCGAAAGGAGGGCGGGGGAGGGCCUUAUAACCAUCCCGGAAGUUUGAAUAGCAAUGGUCGAGGAUUUUAGCAGCGCGAGUACAACAGUCGAUAUGUUGAUAGAACUUUGGCAGCCUAGUCCUCAAAUUUGCUUUGUUAAAAUCCCCGGCUACAAUAAAUGCAGCCUCAGGAUAUGUGGUUUCCAGUUUGCAUAAGGUCCAGUGAAGUUCUUUGAGGGCCAUCGUGGUAUCGGCUUGAGGGGGGAUAUACACGGCCGUGACUAUAACCGAAGAAAAUGAUCUUGGGAGAUAAUACGGUCGGCAUUUGAUUGUGAGAUAUUUUAGGUCGGGUGAACAGAAGGACUCGAGUUCCUCUAUGUUACUACAAUUACAUCACAAGUCGUUAAUCAUGAAACACACACCUCCGCCCUUCUGCUUCCCGGAGAGAUAUUUAUUCCUGUCUGCGCGAUGAACUGAGAACCCAUCUGACUGGACCGAUUCCGACAUAAUAUCCCAAGAGAGCCAUGUUUCCGUGAAACAGAGUAUGUUACAGGCCUUGAUGUCUCUCUGGAAAGAAAUCCUUGCCCGUAGUUCGUCGACUUUGUUAACCAAAGAUUGAACAUUAGCGAAUAGAAUACUUGGAAGCGGUGGGUGGUGUGCGCGUCUCCUAAGUCGGACCAGCAGGCCACUCCGAGUGCAUCUCCUCCGCCGGUGAUGUUUUGGGUCAGCCGCUGGAAUCGGUUCAGUUGCCCUGGGGAGAGCAAACAAAAGAUCUGCUUCGGGAAAGUCGUAUUCCUGGUCGUAAUGCUGGUGAGUUACUGCCGCUCUGAUAUCCAAUAGUUUUUCCUGGCUGUAUGUAAUGAUGCAAAACACUUUCUGAGCUAAUAAUGUAAAUAAUAAUACAUAAAAAAACAAUAUACUGCAAAGUUUCCUAAGAGCUAGUCGCGAGGCCGCCAUCUUCGUCGGCGCCAGGUAGUGUCACAUAAUCUCAGUAUAUAUACACCUGUUCUGAAAGUCCCCAGAGUCUGCAACACCACUAAGCAAGGGGCACCACCAAGCAAGCGGCACCAUGAAGACCAAGGAGCUCUCCAAACAGGUCAGGGACAAAGUUGUGGAGAAGUACAGAUCAGGGUUGGGUUAUAAAAAAAUAUCUGAAACUUUGAACAUCCCACGGAGCACCAUUAAAUACAUUAUUAAAAAAUUGAAAGAAUAUGGCACCACAACAAACCUGCCAAGAGAGGGCCGCCAACCAAAACUCACGGACCAGGCAAGGAGGGCAUUAAUCAGACAGGCAACAAAGAGACCAAAGAUAACCCUGAAGGAGCUGCAAAGCUCCACAGCGGAGAUUGGAGUAUCUGUCCAUAGGACCACUUUAAGCCGUACACUCCACAGAGCUGGGCUUUACGGAAGAGUGGCCAGAAAAAAGCCAUUGCUUUAAGAAAAAAAUAAGCAAACACGUUUGGUGUUCACCAAAAGGCAUGUGGGAGACUCCCCAAACAUUUGGAAGAGGGUACUCUGGUCAGAUGAGACUAAAAUUGAGCUUUUUGGCCAUAAAGGAAAAUGCUUUGUCUGGCGCAAACCCAACACCUCUCAUCACCCCAAGAACACCAUCCCCACAGUGAAGCGUGGUGGUGGCAGCAUCAUGCUGUGGGGAUGUUUUUCAUCGGCAGGGACUGGGUAGCUGGUCAGAAUUGAAGGAAUGAUGGAUGGCACUAAAUACAGGGAAAUUCUUGAGGGAAACCUGUUUCAGUCUUCCAGAGAUUUGAGACUGAGACGGAGGUUCACCUUCCAGCAGGACAAUGACCCUAAGCAUACUGCUAAAGCAACACUCGAGUGGUUUAAGGGGAAACAUUUAAAUGUCUUGGAAUGGCCUAGUCAAAGCCCAGACCUCAAUCCAAUUGAGAAACUGUGGUAUUACUUAAGGAUUGCUGUACACCAGCGGAACCCAUCCAACUUGAAGGAGCUGGAGCAGUUUUGCCUUGAAGAAUGGGCAAAAAUCCCAGUGGUAGAUGUGCCAAGCUUAGACAUACCCCAAGAUACUUGCAGCUGUAAUUGCUACAAAAGGUGGCUCUACAAAGUAUUGACUUUGGGGGGGGUGAAUAGUUAAGCACGCUCAAGAUUUCUGUUUUUUUGUCUUAUAUUUUGCAUCUUCAAAGUGGUAGGCAUGUUGUGUAAAUUAAAUUAUACAAACCCCCCAAAAAUCCAUUUUAAUUCCAGGUUGUAAGGCAACAAAAUAGGAAAAAUGCCAAGGGGGGUGAAUACUUUCGCAAGCCACUGUUUGCACGCACACACACAACACACUGGUAAUUUCUUCUGUGACACUUAUUAGGGCUGGGAAUUUCCAGGGACCUCACGAUACGAUAUUAUCACGAUACUUAGGUGCCGAUACGAUAUGUAUUGCGAUUAUCAUGAUUAUCACGAUUUUAUAUGUAUUGCGAUUCGAUACUGUGAUUUUAUUGUGAUUCAAUGUUCCAAACAUAUUACACACCAUGUGUCUGCUGCAGAGGGACAAGAGAGAGCAUGAGAAAACUAGUGUUGAUCAGUCGUGGAAAUAAAAGUCCUGAAAACAAAUUGGCUUCCUAUUUAAAAAGAAGAUGGAGAACAAGCUAUGAAGGAAAAAUACUGGUGCAGGUACAGCCAACUAGUGCAAAAAAUAAUAUUGCGAUAUUGUCAAAACGAUACAAUAUAUAGUCAAAAAUAAUAUAUCAAUAUGUAUCUGUAUAGAUUUCUUCCCCAAUCACUAACGCUUAUGCACACACAUAUGCACGUGCACACACGCACACACACACACACACACACAAACACACACACACACACACACACACACACACACACACACACACACACACACACACACACACACACACACACACACACACACACACACACACACACACACACACACACACACACACACAUACACACAAACACACACACACAGGUACUACACAUCCACACACAAAGUCAAACACACUGGUAAUUUUUUCCGUGGCACUUCAUGACACCGAACAUAAUGCAUUGUGGGAUAGAUAUUUUCUCCCCUUUGAUCCCCAACCACCGCAGAGUUCCUGAAAGCCCAUUAGAUGGACGGAUGGACGGACGGACAGAUGGACGGACAGAACAUCGAGCCAUGCUGUGGGACUCUGAGUCAGGGGACAGUCAAUACGUUUCAAUAGCAUGUUUGUCUCCUUCUCACAACACGGUUAAAAAAAUUAUUUAUUUUAUUAGACUAAAUAAGUUGAAAAUGACUGAGUAUUUAUAGCUCUUUCCUGGGUAAACAACUGUGUUUAUGGCGCAAGGGUCAUUGUUUUUGUAUGGAUAUUGAAUAAUACAGUGUGUUGUAGGUCUUUCAUAAUAUGUGACCCACAAAUUCUGUUGAAUAUUCCCAUAUUAAGCUUUUUGAUUUUUGAUUUUUUUUCACCUUUAUUAAACCAGGUAAGCCAGUUGAGAACAAGUUCUCAUUUACAACUGCGACCUGGCCAAGAUAAAGCAAAGCAGUGAGGUCAAAAACAACAACAACACAGAGUUACGUAUGGAAUAAACGAAACGUACAGUCAAUAACACAAUAGAAAAUCUAUAUACAGUGUGUGCAAAUGUAGUAAGUUAUGGAGGUAAGGCAAUAAAUAGGCCAUAGUGCAAAAUAAUUACAAUUAUAAUUUAGUAUUAACACUGGAGUGAUAGAUGUGCAGAAGAUGAUGUGCAAAUAGAGAUACUGGGGUGCAAAUGAGAAAAUAAAUAACAAUGUAAAUAACAAUAUGGGGAUGAGGUAGUUGGGUGGGCUAAUUACAGAUGGGCUGUGUACAGGUGCAGUGAUCAGUAAGCUGCUCUGACAACUGAUGCUUAAAGAUAGUGAGGGAGAUAAGUGUCUUGAGCGGCAGGCCUACAUGUAUGAUCUUCGGCCUUGGCGGUGAAGCUAUAGGUGAAGAACCCCACCUAGACAAGGAAAACACUAAAGGAAACACUAUUUAACCCAUGGCAUCCUAACCCAUGGCAUCCUAACCCAUGGCAUCCUAACCCAUGGCAUCCUAUUCAGCAGUGUAGAACCGGUCACAAGAGGUGUUAACCCCUAACCAGCCAUUCAGGUUUGUAAGUGUAGAAUAAGAUACCUCAUGGAGGAGGAGGAGGAGGAGGAGGAGGAUGAGGAGGAGGAGGAGGAGGAGGAGGAGGAGUAGGAGGAGAAUCUGAUAUUCUCCCCAUGCAGGCUUCCACUGCCUCACUGAUAAAUUAUUUGUGGAUUUAACGCCGCAGCAGCAUUUUAACGAGGCUACCUGUCAUGCUGAGAUUCUCCUUCCUACCAGGACGUCUUCUGACAGACGGGAUCACAAGGGUUUUUACAAGAGAUAUUACACACUGACCUAUACAUAAACGCAGACAUACAGGGUUUUUACUCAUGUCUGCAGUCUGCAUGUUCACACUUGACACAUGUUCACACUUUACACAGUUCACACAUUUGAUAUUCAGUAUUUGCUGUUCAUGAAGGUUGUUGUUUUGUUUCUUGUGAAGCAGCAAGGUUUUCUAUGAUCUUUGUAACAGGCCCCCUAGAGAAGUAAGGACCAAUGAGCAACAUAAGAAAGGAAUCAUCAUUUUAGCAUCACUUCUGAGAAUGACUAGGACAAAAAAAAGCAGCACCACUGCUAACCAAUGAUGUCUCCCUCAGUGCUUGUGUUCAGUUCAGUCCAGCGGUUGCCACGGAAACAACUAUGGCUCAAGUAGUCAAGACCCAGUAGGCUGUGUUGGUAUAUAUACAGUUGAGUUGCUGUUGCAUUUUAGCACAUUUUAAAUCAGAUCAUACUAUACUUUUUCUCCUCUAUCCAUCAGAUAGUGGAAAAGGAAACCAUGUAGGCGUAUUCUGAGCCCGUACCAUGAUUCUGAGCCCGUACCAUGAUUCUGAGCCCGUACCAUGAUUCUGAGCCUGUAUCAUUCAUGUUGAGGGACCUCUUAGUUUUGUGACAAUUGUUUUACAUCCGGACAGCAGAAUGAGGAGUUGGGGUUAAGGCCAAGGUAAUGGUUUAUGUUAGUGGUUGGGUUGUUCUAGGGUCCGUGCUAUCCGGGUUCCUUGUGACAUCCCUACCCCAUUGAAGUAGUAAUUUAAAAUGGUUAAGGUAAGGGUUAAGGUUAGGGUUAGGCAAGGGUGAUGGUUAUGGUUAUGGUUAGGGUAGGGGUUAAGGUUAGGGUAGUGUAUAGCACUGACCGUCAACCAACAGAAACCAGGGGUUGUGUUCUGUGUGUGUGUAUAUAUAGCACUGACCGUUGUUCUAGGACUCAGCUUUGUUCUCUAACACAAAUUACAAAAUGGCGGCUAGAUUCCGCUGCCAUCCACAGGCAUGACCAUAGGCAUAGUACAUUGUGCUGUAUACAAGCUGUGCUCUGUUGCUGAGCUGUUGGGCUGCGUAGAGGCCUUUGUUCUCCCCUCUGGUGUGGACGUGGCACAGUCCAAAUGUAGAAUGGACUAUGGCUGGGAGAGAAGGCACUUGAGUGGAGACUGUGGGCAAUAUGUGGGAGGGAGAAGGACACACAGUGUGUUGUUUUUUGCCAUCGUCCGUCUGGUUCAGAGAAGCUUAUCUGUGGUCAGCUAGCUGAGGGGUCUGUGACGCUGCACGUUUUGGAUGCUUCCGGGGCAUUGUAAAAGCUCACUGUGUUUUCAGGCCUAGUGUGGGGGAGGGAAGAGGAGGCUGUUAAAAAAAUCACACUGAUUAACUCUUUAGGUAUAUUACAGCUUACUCAAUUUACUUAUGACGCUGCCUACUCCAGACGACUCGUUUAAAAAAAAUCAAGGAGCAAAAAAUAUUGCACUUUAUUUGGAACGCUAAGCCAGACAAUAUUAAACGUGCCUAUUUAUAUAAUGAAUAUGAGUUUGGGGGGCUGAAAUUAUUAAAUAAUAAAGCAUUAAACGUCUCAUUAAAAUCUUCACUAAUACAUAAGUUAUACUUAAACCUGAACUGGUUCUCCAGUAGAUGACUAAGGAAGGCUCAUCCAUCGUUCAUCCUUUGUUGCCUUUAUACAGAUUACAACUUCUCAUUUUCGGUUAGUUGAAAAUCAAACCUUUUUCAAGUAUCGCCCUUUCUUAAACAAGGCAUACAAUGCUGGUUACAAUUUAAAUGUUAUCCUCCAGAAAAAACGGAACAAAUAUUACAACAAAUAUUAUGGUUAAACUCAAAUUGAUUGAUAAAAAUAUAUAUAAAUUGUUUUAUUAUAUUUUAUUAAUGAUAUUAUGAAUAGGAAUGGUGGAGUUAUGUCACACAUGCAGCUAUCGAAAAUAAAUGGGAACGUUUGCUCAAUCCAAAGUUAUAACCAACUGCAGCAUUACCACAAAAAUGGAGGAGGCAAGUGGAAGGGGGAGAAUGUAGGGAACUUAUAAUAAAGACCAAAAUUGGCUGAAAAAGAUUGGCAUAAAUAGAAUAAUACACUACUUUCAUUUGUGGACAAACACUUUGGCAGCUGCACCAUACAGGUUGCAAAAUAGUUGGGAAGAGAUUUUCGAUGUACUGAUUCCAUGGCACAUGGUUUAUGAACUGAUACACAAAACAACGCUUGAUUCAACAUUUUGAGUUUUACCAUUUAAAUUAUUAUAAAAAAUUAUUGCCAACAACAGAAUGUUAAAUAUACAGUAUGGGGCAUACAACAAUCUCAGAUAUGCAGAUUUUGCUGCGAAGAAACAGAAUCAUUAGAUAAUUUAUUCUGGUAUUCGUCUCCCGAGUGGCGCAGUGGUCUAAGGCACUGCAUCGCAGUGCUAGCUGUGCCACUAGAGAUCCUGGGUCGAAUCCAGGCUCUGUCGUAGCUGGCUGCGACCGGGAGACCCAUGGGGCGGCGCACAAUUCGUCCAGGGUAGGGGAGGGAAUGGCAGGGAUGUAGCUCAGUUGGUAGAGCAUGGCGUUUGCAACGCCAGGGUUGUGGGUUCGAUUCCCACGGGGGGCCAGUAUGAAAAAUAAAAAAAUAAUGUAUGCACUCACUAACUGUAAGUUGCUCUGGAUAAGAGCGUCUGCUAAAUGACCAAAAUGUAAAAAUGUAAAUGUCCCCAUGUAGCUUGAUUCUGGUCACAGGUUCAGGAAUGGCUGAAAAAUCACAACAUUCAUUUAAAAUUAACCCUACAAAUAGUACUGUUGGGUGAUUUGGAAAGUCAUAGUCAAUCAAUCAACAAUAUAAUACUAUGGGGAAAAUAUUAAUGUUUAACUUACAAUCUGUGGAUACUAUGAGACUAGAAAGGUAAAAAAAUUAAUGUAAGACAUCAUAGCACAGUUGGAGAAUAUAUGGCACGUGGAAAUCAAAAGAAGAUGGUCUACAGAGAUACACUAUGUGGCCAAAAGUAUGUUGACUCCUGCUCGUUUAACAUCUCAUUCCAAAAUCAUGUUUGCUGUUAUAACAGCCUCACUCUUCUGGGAAGGCUUUCCACUAGAUGUUGGAACAUUGCUGUGGGGACUUCAGCCACAAGAGCAUUAGUGAGCUCCCGACGAACAGUUAUUGUGCUGACGUUGCUUCCAGAGGCAGUUUGGAACUCGGUAGUGAGUGUUGCAACCGAGCACAGACGACUUUUACGCACUACGCUCUUCAGCACUCGUUCUGUGAGCUUGUGUGGCCUACCACUUCGUGGCUGAGCCGUUGUUGCUCCUAGACGUUUUGACUUCACAAUAACAGCACUUACAGUUGACCCGGGCAGCUCUAGCAGGGCAGAAAUUUGACGAACUGACUUGUUGGAAAGGUGGUAUCUUAUGAAGGUGCCACAUUGAAAGUCACUGAGCUCUUCAUUCUACUGCCAGUGUUUGUCUAUGGAGAUUGCAUGGCGGUGUGCUUGAUUUUAUACACCUGUCAGCAACGGGUGUGGCUGAAAUAGCUGAAUCCACUAACUUGAAGGGAUGUCCACAUACUUUUGCACAUGUAUUGUAGGUGGGAUGGGCUGAGAGUAGCAGAGGGGUGGGAUUAAAAAACGAAUGAUCGGUAAUAGUUAUUACUGAAAACACUAUAAAGAUGUCUGACUACUAUGUAUCCAAAAUGUAAUGUGUAUAAUCAAAAAAACUAUAUAUUUUUUAUGUAACUACUGUGUAUAAAAGUAACAUAUAUGAAACAUGUGUGUAAAAUGUAUAUGUGGUGGAGGAUGAGCCAAUAUAAACAUUAAAAUACAAUAAAAAGGAGGCUGUCAUUCUAUAACCCGAUCGCCUCGCUCUGAUAAUGGUUUGGCUGGGGUUUUGUUUGGGUGUUAUUAUUCUAUGAUCCUGUCUGUGUGGAACUCUGUUAAACAGACCUCUUUGAUGGCACAGAUUCUGAAUUAUGAUGCUGAGAGUUUGUGAGAGAAAGGGGUAGUUAAACAGUAGUUAGUCAGUCAGCACCCAUAGACAGCAGUUAGUUAGUCAGCACCCAUAUACAGUAGUUAGUCAGUCAGCACCCAUAGACAGUAGUUAGUUAGUCAGCACCCAUAGACAGUAGUUAGUCAGUCAGCACCCAUAGACAGUAGUUAGUCAGUCAGCACCCAUAGACAGUAGUUAGUCAGUCAGCACCCAUAGACAGCAGUUAGUCAGUCAGCACCCAUAGACAGUAGUUAGUCAGUCAGCACCCAUAUACAGUAGUUAGUCAGUCAGCACUUAUAGACAGUAGUUAGUCAGUCAGCACCCAUAGACAGUAGUUAGUCAGUCAGCACCCAUAGACAGUAGUUAGUCAGUCAGCACCCAUAGACAGUAGUUAGUCAGUCAGCACCCAUAGACAGCAGUUAGUCAGUCAGCACCCAUAGACAGUAGUUAGUCAGUCAGCACCCAUAUACAGUAGUUAGUCAGUCAGCACUUAUAGACAGUAGUUAGUCAGUCAGCACCCAUAGACAGUAGUUAGUCAGUCAGCACCCAUAGACAGUAGUUAGUCAGUCAGCACCCAUAGACAGUAGUUAGUCAGACAGCACCCAUUGACAGUAGUUAGUCAGUCAGCACCCAUAGACAGUAGUUAGUCAGUCAGCACCCAUAGACAGUAGUUAGUCAGUCAGCACCCUUUGACAGUAGUUAGUCAGUCAGCACCCUUUGACAGUAGUUAGUCAGUCAGCACCCAUAGACAGUAGUUAGUCAGUCAGCACCCAUAGACAGUAGUUAGUCAGUCAGCACCCAUAGACAGUAGUUAGUCAGUCAGCACCCUUUGACAGUAGUUAGUCAGUCAGCACCCUUUGACAGUAGUUAGUCAGUCAGCACCCUUUGACAGUAGUUAGUCAGCACCCAUAGACAGUAGUUAGUCAGUCAGCACCCAUAGACAGUAGUUAGUCAGUCAGCACCCAUAGACAGUAGUUAGUCAGUCAGCACCCAUAGACAGUAGUUAGUCAGUCAGCACCCAUAGACAGUAGUUAGUCAGUCAGCACCCAUAGACAGUAGUUAGUCAGACAGCACCCAUUGACAGUAGUUAGUCAGUCAGCACCCAUAGACAGUAGUUAGUCAGUCAGCACCCAUAGACAGUAGUUAGUCAGUCAGCACCCUUUGACAGUAGUUAGUCAGUCAGCACCCUUUGACAGUAGUUAGUCAGUCAGCACCCAUAGACAGUAGUUAGUCAGUCAGCACCCAUAGACAGUAGUUAGUCAGUCAGCACCCAUAGACAGUAGUUAGUCAGUCAGCACCCUUUGACAGUAGUUAGUCAGUCAGCACCCUUUGACAGUAGUUAGUCAGUCAGCACCCUUUGACAGUAGUUAGUCAGCACCCAUAGACAGUAGUUAGUCAGUCAGCACCCAUAGACAGUAGUUAGUCAGUCAGCACCCUUUGACAGUAGUUAGUCAGUCAGCACCCUUUGACAGUAGUUAGUCAGUCAGCACCCUUUGACAGUAGUUAGUCAGUCAGCACCCUUUGACAGUAGUUAGUCAAGUAGUUAGUCAGUCAGCACCCUUUGACAGUAGUUAGUCAGUCAGCACCCUUUGACAGUAGUUAGUCAGUCAGCACCCUUUGACAGUAGUUAGUCAGUCAGCACCCUUUGACAGUAGUUAGUCAGCACCCAUAGACAGUAGUUAGUCAGUCAGCACCCUUUGACAGUAGUUAGUCAGCACCCUUUGACAGUAGUAUACAGAAGACAUGGAGGCUUAAAGAACUGGAAUAGGCGGGGCCUCCCUCUCUCUAUUUGUCCAUACACCUCUGGUCAUUUCAGAUAGGGGCAGGGAGAGAGCUGUGUAGACAUGGAGCUCAGGCUGAGUACACAAACCCAGCAGAUGCACAACAGAGGGAGGGAGGAAUGGAAAGGAAGAGACUGGUACUGAGUGAGGGAGAGAAAAAGGGAGCCAAUGAGAAACCAAAAAGAAGGGGAAAUAAAGAAAAUGCGACAGAAAAACAGAGAGAUAGCUAAAGAAAAAGAGAGACAAUCACAGGCAGACUCACGCACGCACGCACGUAUGCACAAACACACACACACACACAGGGAGACACGAGGCACAGCUCAGAAAGAAUGAUGCAUCUUCUGUUAGUGAUUUGUUACUAGUUCACUCUUUUUGGGUGCGAGAGUGCGUUUUAUAGACUGAUCUAACACAGAUGUUUGAAGGACUUCCAGAUGCUUCACAAAGGCCAUAGCGCUCCGACUGCUCUCUCCCUGGCCCCAUUUCAACAACAAUAUCCCAUCUGUCACUGCUCCCACUGGGAAAAUGGACUUAUAAAUUCACUGCGGCUCUCCUCCUCUCCACUUCCUGUACUGUUAUUUUCCACUAAAUGACUUUUCCCAGCUAGUGCUACAUGUCUUACUCCAUGUCUUGAAAUGACCACAAUAGUAAUAUAAUUCCUACUGUAGAGCCAUGAUAUUACUGUUCUCCAUGUAGAAGGCAGCCUGGUUGUUUCCAAAUAGAUCUGGUUCUGGUUACAGUGAACAAACAGUGAGUGCACGUCAGUGAUAGUGGUCCCAAACGGUGAUAGCUAGCUGCUAGCCUGAGACCCCUCCACCCUCCCUCUCUAGGUCCAGGUCUGUAGUACCCUCCACCCUCCCUCUCUAGGUCCAGGUCUGUAUCCUCAGUGACCCCUCCUGGGCAGGGGAUGGCAGGUCUUUGGAGGGAGCCUGUGGAAGGUGGGUGAUGCCUGCUAAGUGAACUCUGUGUGGUGAUAGCGUCUCUGACAGGUCACAGUCUUUCAGGGUGUGAGGCACUGGCCUUCGCCCCAUCAAGGGCUAAUGCUAACCACAACCCUUUAGCCCCAGGGUUAAAGAGUGGGAGAGGACAGAGGAAUAUUGAUGAAAAAAACAUCAUCAUCAUUAGUAUAAUCAUCAUCAUCAAGGCAUAUUAUCUGUUACACCUAAAUUAAUGACGAAAUACUUUUUUCCCGGAUAAUGUCAACUAUACAGUAUUUCUAUUUUUCCUUGGCCUUUGAUUUGAAUGUUGUGUAUCUCUGUCUGUGUAAGAGCACAGGAGGAGCUUAUGAAUGGACUGAACAACGACAUCAAACAUGGAGACAAUUGCAUGCUCACGGUCACAGAAAGUGAAAUGGAUGUGAGGGGGAAUGCUCAAAGGUGCAAACUCAAGUGUCAACUGAUUUCACUGGUUGCUGGUUUCAUACAAACAUGCAUGCACAGUCGCACACACGCACGCACGCACGCACGCACGCACGCACGCACGCACGCACGCACGCACGCACGCACACACACACACACACACACACACACACACACACACACACACACACACACACACACACACACACACACUCUCACACACACACACACACACUCCCAGCUCCUAGCACCCAGCUGUGAUUGGUUCAUCAGUGUUGGGUGUUGGGUGAGUAUUGUAAAGGGGGAAGAAGGAGAGGAGGAUGUGGGGAAGAGGGGUGGGCGUGAGAUAGCCUGCUGUAGUACUACUAUACUGUAUGUGUCCUUGCUGGGAACAGAAAAAGAAAGAAAGGAAAAGCCCCUUACAUGUGCUUCCACGAAUAAGCACCCCAAAUAGACCCUGUCCUCCCUCUCAGUUUUAGGUCACACAUCUCUGGUGAAAGACAUUAACAGAACAGUUAGCUAGCUAUAGCGUGCGUAACAUUUGGUUCUGGGUUCUGAGAUUAGGUCAAAGCGAGCAUUCCCCAAGUAAAACCCAUUUGAUCAUAGAUCGUAUAAUGUGUGAGAUGUUAGGCUUGGGCAGUGCAUGGUUGAUUUCUAAUGGCAACUAGAUAGGGGUUCUUGACAGAUUAUUAGCUAAGUAUAUUGGAUAUGACACUGCUAAAUGACUCAGAUGGUGCGAUCAGUGUCAGAUGAUGUUAAGUAUAAGAGGUAACUUUUGCUGUGCGUCUUACUCUUCUCCCAGCUGUCUCUUCUCUCCAAAUACAUUCUCACUUUCUCUCUCCUUCUAAGCGCAAUUCUCUCCCCGGUGGGACUGACAUAUUGAAAGGAUAUCUUCUGGCCUUAAAAGACAAUGUUUAUAGACACUGGGGCCAGAGCACAGACAUCCUGCUAAAGUAAAUGACCGGUGAGCUAAAUCCAUCAUAAAGGAGCAGAAAUGAUAAAUAAACCCUCUGGAGGUUCUAUUAACUCACUCUCAUCUUCAUAUGGCUUCCCAGGGUGCUGAUGGCUGGGAAAAGCAAAGGGAGAGCAGGGUGAGAUGUGGUGGGGUUCAGGGAGUACAAGGGAGAGGAGAGGAGUUCAGGGGGAGUAUACCCCCUGGAGCUCAGCUUGGUGGAGCAAGGCCUGGACUAGGUGUGAAGGGCUAGUGGGUGGUUGGACGGUGCAAGGGCACUUUAGUGAUUUGAACUUUGUAAUUCCUACCUACUACAGUAUGUUCUGAGCAUUAGCCUACACCAUAUUCUUCCAGUCAGGUAUUUCCUUUCUUGUGAUACUAUGGUUAUGCAUAUACUCAUCAUAUUUCCAAAGUUAUAAGCAGUUAUGUUUCAGUCUGUCCAUAUAAGCGGAAAUUCUUGUUUAUGCCACGAUGGAAAAAUCCACCGAAAACAACUAAUUCCUUUUCAUUUACAGUGUUAAAUAACACUAAUAUGUGAGAAAAAUUGUCCUUACACAGCCUGGAGAUGUGUUGGGUCAUUGUCCUGUUGAAAAACAAAUGAUAGUCCCACUAAGCCCAAACCAGAUGGGAUGGCGUAUCGCUGCAGAAUGCUGUGGUAGCCACGCUGGUUAAGUGUGCCUUGAAUUCUAAAUAAAUCACAGACAGUGUCACCAGCAAAGCACCCCCACACCAUAACACCUCCUCCUCCAUGCUUUACGGUGGGAACUACACAUGCGGAGAUCAUCCGUUCACCCACACCGAGUCUCACAAAGACACAGCGGUUGGAACCAAAAAUCUCAAAUUUGGACUCCAGACCAAAGGACACAUUUCCACCGGUCUAAUGUCCAUUGCUCAUGUUUCUUGGCCCAAGCUGGUCUCUUCUUCUUAUUGGUGUCCUUUAGUAGUGGUUUCUUUGCAGCAAUUCAACCAUGAAGGCCUGAUUCGCACAGUCCCCUCUGAACAGUUGAUGUUGAGAUGUGUCUGUGACUUGAACUCUGUGAAGCAUUUAUUUGGGCUGCAAUUUCUGAGGCUGGUAACUCUAAUGAACGUAUCCUCUGCAGCAGAGAUAACUCUGGGUCUUCCAUUCCUGUGGCAGUCCACAUGAGAGCCAGUUUCAUCAUUGCGCUUGAUGGUUUUUGCGACUGCACUUGAAGAAACUUUCAAAGUUCUUGAAAUGUUCUGUAUUGACUGACCUUCAUGUCUUAAAUUAAUGAUGGACUGUCGUUUCUCUUUGCUUAUUUGAGCUGUUCUUGACAUAAUAUGGACUUGGUCUUUUACCAAAUAGGGCUAUCUUCUGUAUACUUCCCCUACCUUGUCACAACACAACUGAUUGGCUCAAAUGCAUUAAGAAGGAAAGAAAUUCCACAAAUUAACAUUUAAGAAGGCACACCUGUUAAUUGAAAUGCAUUCCAGGUGACUAUCUCUGGUUGAGAGAAUGCCAAGAGUGUGCAACGCUGUCAUCAAGGCAAAGGGUGGCUAUUUGAAGAAUCUCAAAUAUAACAUAUAUUUUGAUUUGUUUAACACUUCUUUGGUUACUACAUGAUUCCAUAUGUGUUAUUUCAUAGUUUUGAUGUCUUCACUAUUAUUCUACAAUGUAAAAAAUAGUAAAAGUAAAGAAAAAACCUUGAAUGAGUAGGUGUGUCCAAACUUUUGACAGGUAGUGUAUAUAUAUUUAUUUUGUGCCUGUUUUGCAUGUUAUUUUGACAUUAAUAUGUGUCACAUAUCAGUUUGCAAACAAUGUAAAAAAAUAAAGAAAUAAUCAUUGAGUUAAUAAAGCCGCAUACAAAUUUGGUCUCUUUUUUACUUUCUGGAGUAAGGCAGCUCCAAAAUGCAGGUGUUUCAACCUAGCUCAGUGCUUUCUGUGGUGGUGGGGCAGCCAGCGGAAAAUACGGAGCGUAGGGGUUGGUCAUGUUUUCUAGUUGCGCCAUGAUUGGGUCAGUGUUCUGUCACUCAUGGGGACACCACGUCACCGCAAAAUCUAUGGGUAGAGUUCGAAAAUUCAAGCUGCCAUGGAGUUACAUUAGAAAUGCCCAUCCAAAAAGGCUCAAGGUCAUUGGCCACAGAUAAAAUGACGUCAAAUCAUGUUAUAUCUACCGUAGCUUUGAUUGGACUGAUCAUGUCAACAUCGUACUUUCAAAAUCUUAGCUAGCAAGCUAGCAGUCAUCAUCAUGAAUCAAGUCGACAAUCUACUGGCAAAUCCUUUUCAAUCCUUGUCAUAUGAAGAGAAAUAAUGAAGAGAAAUUAUAGAUUAAACGUAUCGGUAUUCACCGGCCAUUGGACAUAAAUAUUACACAACAAGUUGGAAAUCGCAAAUUCAACAAUGAGUGGUUUGGAAGGAAUCAGUGGUUAACUGCAAGCAUUGCAAAGCAAUCACUAGCCUGCUAUUCAGUGGAGUGGGAGUGUGGUCCAAGUCUGGGUUUAAGGUUCUAUUUUCCAAGCUUAAAAGGAUAAACAUUCAACAUUGGCCAUGCUGUCAAUCCAGUAUGACUUCUUCCGCGCUCAAAAUAACUGGAAACUCAGAACUGGGAAAUCGCAGACUUCAGUGUUCAAGACAACUGGGAACUCUGAAAAAAACGAGCUCCGACUAGGAAAACACAUUUUGAAUGGUCAUCCAACUCGGAAUUGCAAGUCGGGAACUCGGGCCUCUUUCUAGAGCUCCAACCUGAAGAUCACUGACGUCAUCAUGAUUCAACCUUGUUUUUUACGAGUUCCCAGUUGUCUUGAAAGCACCAUAAAUCCAGAGAAUGACAGACUUUGAUGACAAAGUUUGAUUACAAAAUCUACCCAUGAAGGAGUCGCGCAACCUUCCUUUUCAAGUGACCACAGCAUAACAAGGUGAGUCCAAAGAUAUCUUGUAUGCUGCUGCAUAAAUGAUGUAAUAUGCCGGUGAGAUAUGUAUACUGUAACUAAGAAAGUAAUACUAAGUGUAUGUUGUGUAGUAAGCUGUUAGUAGCCCAUAUGCCUCACCCUAAUAAUUUGGUCCCUUUUCCCCUCAUAACUUAGCCUACUGUUCUGUGCCUCGCAGAGAGGUGUCUGACAUUGUGGUGGAAAAAGUGGUGGAAAAAGUACUCAAUUGUCAUACUUGAGUAAAAGUAAAGAUACCUUAAUAGAAAAUGACUCAAGUAAAAGUGAAAGUCACCCAGUAAAAUACUACUUGAGUAAAAGUCUAAAAGUAUUUGGUUUGAAAUAUACUUAAGUAUUACAAGUAAAUGGAAUUGCUAAAAUGUACUUAAGUAUCAAAAGUAAAAGUAUAAAUCAUUUCACAUUACUUAUAUUAAGCAAACCAGACGACACAAUCUUGUUUUUUUAAUUUACGGCUAGCCAGGGGCACACUCCAACACUCAUACAUAAUUUACAAACGUAGCAUUUGUGUUUAGUGAGUCUGCCAGAUCAGAGGCAGUAGGGAUGACCAGGGAUGUUCUCUUGAUAAGUGUGUGAAUUGAACCAUUUUCCUGUCCUGUUAAGUAUUUAAAAUGUAACGAGUACUUUUGGGUAUAAGGGAAAAUGUAUGGAGUAAAAAGUACAUUAUUUUCUUUAGGAAUGUAGUGGAGUAAAAGUUAAAGUUGUCGAAAAUAUAAAUAGCAAAGUAAAAGUACAGAUAUAAAAGAAAACUACUUAAGUAGUACUUUAAAGUAUUUUUACUUAAGUAUUAUACAACUCUGAACAAAACAGUGUGUACUGAUUGAAAACAAAACUUAACUGCGAAUUCAUUGGAACAUUCUCUUGCUGUGAGGAACUAAGUUGUACCAGAUUCUGUAAUGUAAAAGUAUAGACUGUAGAACUAAGGCUGGCACAAUUACCAAAUAAUUGUGUAACUGACGAUUAUAGAUAAAGACUGUCAUGAAAAUAAAAUAACCACUGUAACUGUAAAAAAUAUAUAUAUUUGCUUUAGUUUUUUUGUGUGGAACAAACAGCUGACUGAAGACGGACAGCUGAGCAUUCAUGCAGUUGAGUCCGUUUCCGCAGUAACAUGGACUCUUUACAACCUGAUAAAACUUUGUUGCUCCUUGGUGAAACAAGCAAGAUGUUGUAGAAAACGAGUCUUUGGUUGCCUAGGCAACGCCCCCUCCCUGCAGCAGCAGCACUUGCAGUCAGGAGGAGGAGAGGAGAAAAUGUUCUUUUUUGGUGUGUUUCUUUUUGCUAUUCAAACGACCAAUAACCGUCAUCCAAAAUUCCAUGACUGUCAGAACCCUAUGUAGAGCAGCAAAGACUUCUGGCAUCUCAGGUCAUCACUGAGUGAGUCAGUCAGUCUUUUAUUCCGCUGUGUAUUCAUUGAGUAAUUUGGAAAUUCAUUGAUUGAGCCUGUUCAUACUCUCUAAGCCUUUUUUGGAGGUUUAUUGUGUAAUAAAUGCAUUUUAAUCUAUCCUGUGUUGUUUUGUCAUGGCUGCUGCUGUUGUUCUUUUCCCUUUCUAGAUCAGGGACUACUGGCUUACGUAACUCCAUUUUGAUAACCAAGGAUUAGGUUCUCUGUCUACAGAGUGGCUGGCUGCCCUCAGUAUGUCACUCUGAGGGAAAUAUGGACUAUACCUCCUUAGAUACAACAAGUAUUAUUGUUUUAGAGGGUCCUCAUAAUCACUAUGUAAUAGAGGGGACAUAACAUUAUUAGUGGACAAUAGGAGUAUGCCUCCAACUGUACUGUGGCAUGGACACUAUAAGGGCCCUACUGUGUGUGUGUGUGUACACAGUGACUAUGUUCUGGGACAGCUGUAGGCCCACUACAGGUAGAUAGUGCUGAGUGGAGCUCCUGAAGAGUAGGUGUGUGUCUAUUGUGUAAACACAGGACCUGAAUGUGUGUACCAUGUCAACCUGCAGGCCCUCUCCCUCUUGAGAAAAGCAAGCAAUUGUGAGCCUACUCAUAUACCGUACAGUACAACUAUACACACAGACAACACUCCGUCACAGACAAGAAGACAGGCAAGAAGACAAGAAGGCAAUGUCAAUUUUCCCUCACAAAUAUGCACACAGUACUCUCUCUACAGACCACUUAAGUAAACAUACACCACACGCACGCACACAGCAGGUUUCUCUCUUCUCGCUGGGCUGUUUUUGCUUGAACAGUGAGAGUAAUGUAAACAGAGCUGAGCGCUCAGAACCAUCUGCCUAAUGUCACUGUGUCCCAUAUCUGUCCUCUAUAUCUCUCCAUCUCUCGGUCUCGUCUCCCCAUCUCUCUCUCUCUCGAUCUCUCUUGCUCCUCUCCUCUAUCCUUUCUUCUCGAGACGCUUGCUCUCCCACUCUCCCUCACAUCACAAAUAGAGCCUCUCUAUCUCUCAUCCUUCCUCUCCUCCUCGGCCCCUCACCCCGCCGCCUCUCGUCUCCGCAAUCGGCUCUCUAUCUCCAAGAUAGAACUCUCUUCUCAGGAACCAAAACACUAACGGAAUCUCUCUUCUCUCUCCCUACCGUCCUACUCAUCCCUCUCUCGUCUCUCUCUGUCCCUCACUCCCUCCGUCUCUCUCUCUCUCUCUCUCUCUCUCUCUUCUCUCUCUCUCUCUCUCUCUCUCUCUCUCUCUCUCUCUCUCUCUCUCUCUCUCUCUCUCUCUCUCUCUCUCACUCACUCCACUACCACCACAUCCUUCCUCCCCUUAACAUCCCCCUGUCUCCAUGUUAUCUGUUGUUGUCCGUUGUAUGCUAUUCUAUUUUCUACUCUCACCGCUCCUCCCUUCCCAGUCUAUUCCCCCUUCCCUUAGCUCACAUAUCUUCCUCUCUCUCUUUUUUAUUGCUGCUUCUCAUUCUAAAUCUCUCGCUCCCUCUUGCCCCAUUUUCUCCAUGUAUCUUGUUUAUUUCUCUUUUCUCUUAUUCUUCCUGUUUUAUUUAUUUCCCUCUUCCUUGGUGUAAAAACUCUGCAUAUUCACCUAUGCACUUUUUCUCGGAGAGGUCAGGGAGAGUUCAAAGUAAAUUAAUGGGCCAGAUGUGGAUUAAGAGAUCAAGCUAAACCAAGCCUUCUUCAGUUAAUUUCACUCUUUGACGAAAUGCACAUAUAUGGGCUAGGUGGAAUUUCAUCCCUGUCUUGUGUAAUAUUCUUAGGAGGAGGAAUAUUUUAAAGUGUGCAAUAUAAUGGUUGUAUGUUUGCUGUAAACUGAAGUCAUUCAAACCAAGCCUACCUGUGUUACAGUUUCUGCCCAGUAGGAGUCAGACUUCACCUGCAUAAUGAUGGGGCAAUCAACUGUCUAUUUCAGGAUGAUUAAAAGUUUUAUAAGGACGGUAGAAUCACUUUCAUAUAAAGUAGAGGGAGUGCAUAAGAGAGAAAGAGAGAGUGAGGUUUGGCAAAGAGUUGAAUUUAGAAAAAUAUCUAAUCUUAUACCUCCAAGGAAAGAUGUGGUUUAGAUUGGGAAGACCUUGGUUAACCCUAGCUGGCACAUUAGCCCAUUAACUUAUUUGCUGUGCUAAUUUUGGGUAGCCACAUAGGGUGUGACAUAACAGUGUUUCCUGUUGGCAUGCGGCAAGCCGGUGUUUGUGUCCAAAAACAGCCUUGGGAGGAGUGGAGUGUUUCCACUCUCUCACGCAGCAGACUGUAAACAAGAGGCCAUCUUUAAAGGAAACAGCCUCUUGGCGUGUCAGAGGGCAGCGUUUUUUCCCACGCUACAGCUGGGGCACUCCGGGGACAGUGUGACAGGGGAGGUCCCAGAGGCAGGAAACAAAAAAAACGCCUGUUUCAUUUCAAGUUUAACAAGUUCAGAAAGCAAGCUGUAAAACAUGAGGUGGUCAAUGGACUGCCAUGAGAGGACGAGAGCAGGAGGAAACACGGUCCCACAAACAGGAUCAUCAUGCCUCCACAGGGAAUGUUAAUAUUUGUGUGUGUGCUCUGUCUGUGUGUGUGUGCAUGCUUGCACGUGUGUGUGCAUGCAUGCUUGCACGUGUGUGUGUGUGUGUGUGUGUGUGUGUGUGUGUGUGUGUGUGUGUGUGUGUGUGUGUGUGUGUGUGUGUGUGUGUGUGUGUGUGUGUGUGUGUGUGUGAAUUUGUGUGCGUGAAGGAGUGCAUGUGUGAGUAAAUGCAUGGAUAUUGUGUAUUUCCAUACAAGGUCAGGUGUAUGUAAUGUAUUAUAAUGAUGUAACUGUACAUCUCAGUCCUUGAGUCCCGUGUAGCUCAGUUGGUAGAGCAUGGCGUUCUGUAUGCACUCACUAACUGUAAGUUACUCUGGAUAAGAGCGUCUGCUAAAUGACUAAAAUGUAAAAUGAAGCACAAUGUGUCAUUGACCACAGUAUGACCAGUGAAUCUGUAUGUAUGCCAUCAUAGAAUUAAAGAGAGGGAGAGAUGUGCAGGGAGAGAGACAGAGAGAUAUAUACAGAUAGAAGGGGGAGGUAGAGAGGUAUAAGAAGAGAGGGGGAGAGUGGGAGAGAAAGAUGGGGUGAAAUAGAUUUUAGAUUAUCGGUACAUGUAUUCAUUGCUUUCAAUUCCCACUAGAGAAUUAGGUGCAUUUCCUGGAACUGUUGUCAACUGUAGAAAUGUCAAUAUACCUAUGCCACUGUUUUAAUGCAAGACAAGGAAAGCACCAUUUCAGUAUCAGAUUCCAUGUGUGUUUCAUCACUGUGUUUAAUACUGUACAUCCCUAUCCAAAUACCCACAACAAGGCUCUACCAUGCUCCCUAGCACAGAAUGUUUUGGAAAAACCGAUGUGGGGUCAAGUCUCUAAAUGUCCCCCCUUUCUUCACCCUCCUCUCUUCUAGCUGAGUGCCAAUGUGCUGAUCUUCCUGUGCACUAACAUCAUUGGGAUCUGUACCCACUACCCUGCUGAGGUGUCUCAGAGACAGGCCUUCCAGGAGACCAGAGGAUACAUUCAGGCCCGACUGCACCUGCAGAGAGAGAACCAGCAGCAGGUACACCCACACGCACACACUGCGUAAACACCUCCACUGACUGACAAAAAGCAGUAAUUUUGAAGGACAUAUGUAUUAAAUGCAGAUACUAACUAAGCCAGUUUCUUUCUCUCUGUCUUUCUUCUCUCCCAACACUUCAGGAACGCCUCUUGCUGUCUGUGUUGCCUAGGCAUGUUGCCAUGGAGAUGAAGGCUGACAUCAAUGCUAAGAAGGAAGACAUGAUGUUCCAUAAGAUCUACAUCCAGAAACACGACAACGUCAGGUCAGCAUAGACACAAUCAUCCUGGUAACCUCAGUAGCCCUGCCCUGACAACUACAUAUCAAUAACCACAGCAUUACUUGAACAAACCAAACUGACAAGAGCUAUGACCUCUAAAGGCGUCAGCAUGCUUCAGUUCGGCUGCCGUCCAGCCGAAGUCGGCUAGGAGAAUCGAACGAGUGUGCUCGGAUACUCCCUUAAAAGACCUUCGCUUGAAAAACGAGAAAAAAACGCAAUUGUACUUUUUGUCCAUUUUGAGACGCCGUAGCCAAAAUAGUCAGAACUAAUCUAAAAUAACUCAAGAAAUCUGUCUUUAAUUUUGAUGUUUUUGCCGAGGAGAUCUUAGUUGUACAAUUUUACAUCUAACUAAGAUGUUUGGUGCAGUAUUUCUCAAUGAAAAAAUUGCAUGAAAACGAGUUGUCCCUAAUUGAAUGACAACAAAGAAGAAUGUUGACCAAUCACCGACGAAGGGGUUUAGACUUCUGCUCCGAACUUUGGCUUGCCUUUAGAUUUUUUUUUAUUAUGCCCGAACAGUUGAAAAAACCCUCACCGAAUUCCAAAAUGAACAAAAACGUCACAAAAUGUCGUCAUAAUAUAUACACGAGCUCUUCCGAACUGUUUCGCUGGGAAGCAUGCGGACGCCUUAACAUAUAACAUAAUGUUGAUGUGUUUUAUCACUUGACCUCAUUUAACUGCUCUAAGCAAACUACUGUUAGCAUUUCUGUGCCACAUAUUCAACGGUAUCUUUGAUCAAAUAAAGUCUGGGUACUUUUAUAUUUAUUCACACAUGCAGAUCAACAUUCUCAUACACACACACUGUAUAGAGACGCACGCCGACACACACACACAUAUACACACACCCUUACUCAGGGCUUGGCAGAGAGCAGGCUAAUUAACACUAGUAAGGGAAUACUUAAUUACCAGCAGCCAAGAUAAAAUAAUCCCCAAAGAAUGGGAGCUCAAGCCCAGAUUCAAUUACAGCGACUAUACACACACACACACACACACAAACACAAAUACACAAACACAAAUACACACACACACACACACACACACACACACACACACACACACACACACACACACACACACACACACACACACACACACACACACACACACACACACACACACACAGAGAGACUGGCCUCACAGAACAGGAGGAUGAAGGGUCAUCUGAUUAGUUACUGAUCAAUCAAUCCUAUCUCUCUCUUUCUCCUCAGUAUUCUGUUUGCAGACAUUGAGGGUUUCACCAGCUUGGCGUCUCAGUGUACGGCUCAGGAGUUGGUCAUGACGCUCAACGAGCUCUUCGCCCGCUUCGACAAACUAGCAUCGGUAAAUAAGCAUUUCUCUUCACCUCUCUCUUUUCACCUUCCCCCCAUUUUUUUUGAAAAUGUUCUCCGUUAACUACUGUCUUCCCCAUCCAAUUGAAUAUCAUUUGUUCUCUGUCUCGCUAACUGUCAUAACUGCUUUGUCUCUCUGUCUGUAGGAGAACCACUGUCUGCGUAUCAAGAUCCUGGGCGACUGUUACUACUGUGUCUCUGGGCUGCCUGAGCCCCGCGCUGACCACGCCCACUGCUGUGUGGAGAUGGGCGUCGACAUGAUAGAGGCCAUCUCGUGAGUAUGGGGAACGUCUGUGUGUGGGGAGAUGCCAUAUUUUCUAGAUAUGACAAAUCAUAAAAUAUAAAUCAUAAAUGAAUUGCCUCAGCCUGUUGGAGUAUCAUGUGUUUUUUGGAAAGAAAUGUAACAUAAAUCUUCUCUGUGUGUGUGUGCAGGCUGGUGCGUGAGGUGACGGGGGUCAACGUGAACAUGCGUGUGGGCAUACACAGCGGCCGUGUGCACUGUGGGGUGCUGGGACUCAGGAAGUGGCAGUUUGACGUGUGGUCCAACGAUGUCACACUAGCCAACCACAUGGAGGCUGGGGGCAAGGCAGGGUGAGGGAGACACACAUACACACACACACACACACAGACACGCAUACACGUAUGCAUACACGCGCGCGCGCACACAUACACACACACAGACUGACCUUGUGUCCCUCUCCCAGGAGGAUCCACAUCACCAAGGCCACCCUGCAGUAUCUGAAUGGGGAUUAUGAGGUGGAGCCGGGUUUCGGAGGGGAGAGGAACGCCUACCUGAAGGAGAACAGCAUUGAGACCUUCCUAGUGCUGGGCUGCAGCCAGAAACGGGUCAGGGAUAAAAAUACUUCCUAUUCUUGCCAACCACCACACAUACAGUUGUGUGACAGUUUACAGGGCUCUCCAAACACUAGAGAAUUGAGGUUGUUCCACGAAGAGUGCCUUUUGCGUCCCUUUGAUAUUUGAAGUAGACAUUGUGCACCAAUAUAUUUUAAAAGCAUGUUAUAUUAAAUUAAGUGCCCUUUAAUAUAGACCACAUGGAUAAUUCAAUAAAUCUGAUUUUUUAUAUGAAUAAAGACUUGAUAAAGUGGCAAAAUUCUGCAUUUUGACAUGUCACUCUGUGCACCCUCUGUGACUUCUAGGAAGAUUGUAAACUACUUAACCCCAAAAUGUCAAGUCAUUUCUAAAGCCCUUUUCUAAAGCCCUUUUGUGGGGAAAAACUCAUUCUGAUUGGCUGGGCAUAGUUCCCCAGUGGGUGGGCCUGGCUCCCAAGUGGGUGGGCCUAUGCCCUCCCAGGCCCACCCAUGCCUGCGCCCUUGCCCAGUCAUGUUGUCGUGAGGUGACUUACUUUAAUGUAUGACUGUUAUUUAUCGAAUCACCUAACUAUGUUUGUCACUCAAUUAAAUUAAUAAUGUAACAAUUAACUCAUUAGGAAUUUGGGGCACCACGGAAGAAGUUGUUUAACAAGUUACCAUCUCCCGAAGAUAUAUAUAUUUUAUAUAUCGAUAACAGUCACUUAUUAAAUAAUUACCUCUUAUCAGUCUCAUUCUGAAUGUCGCAAAAUCCUUGAACCUGCAAGAACCCUAAAUGUAUUGAUCAAUCAGCAAAACACAAAUUGGCUUAAUUAUUUAUUUACUAACUAACUAAAUAAUACCACAAUACAAACACACACACACAUACACACACAUAGGUUAUUGAUUACUAACGUAAUACAAUGAAAACAGGUCCCUAGUGGACUGGACCAACAAUAGCAUGAAUGCUUGGGUAGAAGGAGGGUCAGAGUGGAAGGGAGAGACAGAGAUUCAAACUAUCGUGGUUACACUCACGGAAAUCAUAAUACUUAUGCAGCCUAAUAACGCUCAUUCGGAUUAGAAAUGCAACAUGUAUUUACGUGUAGCUGUACUCGAUAGUUGAGUUGAUGAGGUAGGACUCUGGUUUGCCCACCAGAGAUCCCAAUGUCCUUUGUAGAGUUUCUUGUCGUAGUAGUGGUUAGAAUAUAUACUUCAGAUGUACCAGCGGUUGUCUGAGAGGGAUUGUCCUCUCCUCUCAUGUCUGUAGUGAAAGUUCUCUAGACGACUAUACAUGCCAGCUGCAGACUGAGAUGAUAAGGUCUGGUGCGUUGUCUUCUUCUUCACCUCGUUUCAACAUUUUGCCAUAUUCAGCUCGCGCUGCAUGUCGGCUGGUCUGUAGAGUUUCAACCAUUUUAAGCCGUGGGGCUUCCUGGUCUACUUGGUCUAACCAUUUUAAGCCGUGUAGCUUCAGCUUCACGCUUCCUGGUCUAAUAGAAAUUCUACCAUUUGCAACAUUCGGCUUAUACCGAAAUCUGCUUGGUCUUCCUUUGGUAAUGGAGUUGUAGUUUAACCCAUUUUGAAGCAUUUAGCUCACACUUCACGUCUGCUGGUCUUGUAGAGUGUCAACCAUUCUAAGCCGUGGGCUUCCUGGUCUGGUAUGAAAUUCAACCAUUUGCAACGUUUAGCUCACACUUCACGUCUGCUGGUCUGAGGUGAAUUUCUUCACGAGGCUUUUUAUGCACUCAGGGUAAAGGGGGCGUGGCCACUGACUGAGAACAAAUCAAUAUGGAAAACAAUCAUCUCAUAUAGAAUGCUAAAAUCACAUUGUUAUCUUCACAAAAGUAUUAUUAUAUUUAAUCAUUCGUUUUAUAUAACAAUUGGAUGCAAACCUCAUAACUGGGAAGUGUACACCCCCAGAGAUACAGUUAUGUUCCACCAUCUUUAAUGACAUCACAACAUAGUAACGAAUUUGACAUGAUUUUUCUUUAAGUCCCCACCAACCAUUUCCCACAUUCUUUUAAGUAGGAAUAUUGUUUCAUUAUCCACUUUUGGAUGUUGGAGUCUUGGCAGGAAAACUUACUUUGUUAACAAAGGGAUUCUCCCAAUACAUCAUGGCAAGGAAGAGAAAGUCUGCACGGUAUUUAUGACCGGUCAUAAAACUGGCCCCCAGGAAAGGGGGUGUUCAAACCUUUGCCUAGCCGGCAUGUUUGAUCCUCAACCCAUGAGUCAUGACAAUGUGAAAUCUAUAGAUUAGGGCCUAAUGAAUUUAUUUUAAUUGACUGAUUUCCUUAUAUGAACUGAAACUCAGUCAAAUCUUUGAAAUUGUUGCAUGUUGUGUUUAUAUUUUUGUUCAGUAUAUAUUUAUUUCUAUAAAAUGUAGAAAUGCGCCGUUUUCACACAGACACUGGUUUGGUGCUGAAGAUAAUGAAUAUGAGGUUGAAAAGUGGCAUAGUUGCUCUUUAACCUAUUGAGAUUAGAUUUUAAAAAAUUUAUGAUAUUGAACAUGUGCCCUUUAUGACAGAAUGUUAAAAUUAAGUGAAAUCAAGGUAUUUUUUGACCAAGUUACUGUUACAGGAGGGGGUCGCAGUUCCGGAGCGACCCACCAGGUGUCAUCCUCCAACACCCUCAGGCACCUCCUCACUCACAGUCUGGACUAAUCAGUAUCCUAUUGGUGUCACCUGUGUCUACCUGUUCACCUGUGUAUUUAUGCCCUCACUUCCCUGUGUUCCCUUGCUCAGUUUUCUCUGUUAGUUUCUCUAUGUCCAGCAGUACUACUCAGUGUCUGAUCAGAGACCUAUGUACAGGUACUUGAGAAAUGUUCUCCCUGUUUCGUUAUUUGUUUCAGUCGUAGGUAGUAUUUCGUAUUUUGGCUGUCAGACGGUUUUUGGAGACUUAUUUGCUCCGCCUUUCUUUUAUCGUGAUAAGUCCGUAUUGUUGUAUUUUGGCUUCGGGACCACAAGUAAAGAUCCUUGUUUCACCAUCUCUGCCUACUGCCUACUGUAUAUCCUGCACCGCACCUGUGUCACACCUCACACCAACCCUUACAGAAAACUGAGCCAAUAUGGACCCAGCGGAGGCAGCACAGUAUCGGAGCGCAUUGGCAACACAGGGAGCUAUGCUGAACCAACACGACCGCAGCCUGCAGCAGAUCAUCGAGAAUCUCCGCCAGCUGAUGAUCGCCGUGCAGGGCCGGGUGGACACACGACCAGCCCCGGCAGCCGGCGGAGCGAAAGCCGCGGCCGCGGCGUCUUCAGUCUCACCUGCGACAUUGCGGGAACCCCGCCUACCACCUCCGGAGAGGUAUGACGGACGUCCAGAGGGCUGCAGGGAAUUCCUCACCCAGUGUUCCCUGAUAUUCAGCCUACAACCCUCCUCCUUCCCGACGGAGCAGGGCCGGGUGGCUUACAUCAUCACUCUGUUGACGGGUCGGGCCCUUUCCUGGGCUACCGCGGAGUGGGAUAGCCAAACUCCAGCGUGCUCCGACUCCUACCAAUUCACCCGGGAGCUACGCAAGGUGUUCGACACCUCUCGGGUGGUGUCGGGACACGAGGCCGGGAGGCGGCUCACGGCCUGUCGGCAGGGUGACCGUUCGGUGGCGUACUACUCCGUGGAGUUUUAGACCCGGGCUCGAGAGGCGGAACCGAAACCCCAACUCCAGAGACUCCCAGACUUUUCUCCCCGUAAGGGUUCAGUGGGCCUGCGCUGCGCGUCGGGAGCAUGCACUGGUGGAUUCUGGGGCCGCGGUAAACCUGAUGGACGCGGGGUUGGCCCAAGGGUGGAGCGUUCCGUUACUCUCCCUCUCCGAGCCGGUUCCGGUCAUGGGCCUGGACGGCCGGCAGUUGGGGUCGGGCUUCAUCACCCGGCGCAUUGUCCCUGUGCGUGUCCGGGUGGCGGGGGGGCUAUGGGAGGAUAUCCAGUUUUUCAUUGUAGACUCUCCAGAGUUUCCCCUCGUCCUCGGGCACCACUGGCUGGUCGCCCACAAACCCCGGAUAGACUGGUCCACGGGGCGGCUCAUCCUGGAGGGAGGCUCCGCCCCCGUCCUGUUCCGGUCUCCACCGACCACUCGUCAGCCCAAACCACCGUCCCAGACCAUCUACCAGUCCUCACCUCUUCCCCAGGGCCCGCACUCCGAACCGCCUACCGCUCUAGCAGCAGUUGCCACUGGGAAGAUGGCGGCUACAGACUACGUCACCGGCCCAGACCUGGCAGGCGUUCCCCGGGAGUAUUGGGAUCUGGGGAAGGUGUUUAGUAAGAGGUGUGCCAAGGGCCUACCUCCUCACAGGCCAUACGACUGCGCUAUCGAUCUCCUGCCGGGCGCCAUGCCCACACGAGGGUGAUUGUUUUUCUUGUCUCGGCCGGAGACGCUGGCCAUGAGGGAGUAUAUCGAAAAGGCUGGCGCGGACUUCUUCUUUGUGGGGAAAAAGGACGGUGGGCAGCGGCCGUGCACUGAUGACGACGGCAUUCGUGUCGUUGCAGGGAGCCCGGGACUUCAUCAAGCUGGACUUACGCAAUGCCUACAACCUGGUGAGGAUUCAGGAGGGGAACGAGUGGAAGACGGCUUUUAACACACCCAGUGGGCAUUACGAGUACCGUCAUGCCGUUCGGUCUAGCCAACAAGCCUGCGGUGUUCCAGGCGUUGGUCAAUGACGUGCUCUGGGACCUCCUCGACUACAGCGUCUUCGUGUAUUUGGAUGACAUCCUAAUAUUCUCAAAGGACAUGAGUGAACACCAGCAGCACGUUCGGAUGGUCCUCCAACGCCUUCUCCAUCACCAGCUCUACGUCAAGGCGGAGAAGUGCGUGUUCCACACAGAGACAGUCUCCUUCCUGGGGUUCAUCGUCACCCAGGGGGACCUACAGAUGGACCCAGCCAAGGUUAGCGCGGUACUGGAUUGGCCCCAGCCCUCAUCCCUCAAGCAACUACAACGGUUUUUAGGGUUCGCUAAUUUUUAUAGGCGAUUUAUUCACAAUUUUAGCUCCCUAGCUGCUCGCCGCUCCCCUGACAGCCCUCACCCAGAAGAGCGUGCGCUCCUUCACCUGGAACCCGAAAGCGAGCGAACCACUAGGUGUCAUCCUCCGACAACCUUAGGCACAUCCUCACUCACAGUCUGGACUAAUCAGUAUCCUAUUGGUGUCACCUGUGUCUACCUGUUCACCUGUGAAUUUAUGCCCUCACUUCCCUGUGUUCCCUUGCUUAGUUUUCUCUGUUAGUUUCUUUAUGUCCAGUAGUACUACUCAGUGUCUGAUCGGAGACCUGUUUCAUUAUUUGUUUCAGUCGUAGGUAGUAUUUCGUAUUUUGGCUGUCAGACGGUUUUUGGAGACUUAUUUGCUCAGCCUUUCUUUUAUCGUGAUAAGUCAGUUAUUUUGUAUUUUGGCUUCGGGACCACCAGUAAAGAUCCUUGUUUCACCAUCUCUGCCUACUGCCUACUGUAUAUCCUGGACCGCACCUGUGUCACACCUCACACCAACCCUUACAAGUUACACAACUCAAAAUGCACUGAAUUGGUGAAACGACCCAUUGGGUUGUCCAUGUUUGCACCACUUUAAUCCACACCAGGGUUUCACCCGUUCAGUUGUCUAACCUCUGUCUCUGUCUGUGCUUUCCUCUGUCUAGAAAGAUGAGAAGGCUAUGAUGGCCAAGAUGCAGAGGACGCGGUCCAACUCUAACGAGGGCCUGAUGCCUCGCUGGGUGCCCGACACAAGGUUCUCCAGGACCAAGGACUCCAAAGUCUUCAGACAGAUGGUGAGACGAGACCUCUCUCUUUCUUGGAUCAUUUGUGUCACUCCUGCUUCUCCCCUACUUGUACUUAUAGUAUCCCAAUAGUCUCACCCAUAAAUGUUACCUCUCUUCAGAGUGCUCUGUGUGUCCCACUACCAGCGUUUUCCAAACUUGGUUCUGAGGACCCCAAGGGGUGCACGUUUUGGUUUUUAUUAUUUGAAUCAGCUGUGUAGUGCUAAGGAAAAAACAAAACACCCUUGGGGUCCCCUGAACCGUGUUUGGGAAACCCUGUAGUAGUCUCUCCAUUAUGUUCCCCAGUGUCUACCGAUUGUCUGUACUGUCUUUCCUCUCUGUCUCCUGAGGGCCAGCUGCAUCUCUCCCCUAGGGCUAAUCCCUCUCUUUUACAUCUCUCGUCUGGGUUUUGUAUGUUGGUUAAUCCUCCUUUUCUUUCUCUUUCUCAGGGGAUUGAUGAGUCGUCCAGCAAAGACAAGUGAGUGGUUAUUGCUCUGAGGAUGUUUGUGAUAUACACAUAUAAACACUCACCUAAAUACACACCCAGGGAGACAGGCUCACGUGCCAAAAUGCACAUUCACAUACUCUAAAGGUCUUACCAUCUUACCUUUCUCUUAUAUCUUUCUACCUCUUCCCUCGCUUCCCUCCCCCUUUCCAGCCGUGGUGCCCAGGAGGCAAUGAACCCUGAAGAUGAGGUGGAUGAGUUUCUGGGGCGAGCCAUCGAUGCCCGCAGCAUCGACCAGCUGAGGAAAGACCACGUCAAGAAGUUCCUGCUCACCUUCCAGACCUCUAGCCUGGAGAAAAAGGUAUCUGCGUACAUAUCCCAGAAUACUCUGGGCUUUAUUUAGUUCAUCCCUGGUGUGUUAUGUAGUUCAUAUUCAUAGUUGAAGUCUGCUGAUAGUUUCCUAAGAUUUGUUUUUUGAAUGAGUUUUGAUCUUUCUCUCUGGUAGUAUUCGAAGAAGGUAGACGAUCGCUUUGGGGGUUACGUGGCUUGUACCCUCCUGGUCUUCUGCUUCAUCUCCUUCAUCCAGAUUGUCAUAUUUCCACAGUGAGUGACACACGCGUACACACACACACACACACAUACACACACACACGUUUCUGAGUCGUCCUGUCUGUGUGUCUCCUCCUGCAGCACCCCGGUCAUGCUGGGGAUCUACAUCAGUAUCUUCAUCAUCCUCGCCAACAUCCUCUUCAUCUGUGCCAUAUAUUCCUGCAUUAAGGUAAGGCCUCCACAACACACACAUCACCUACUGGACACACCCACAUGCAUUCUGGACACUAAACUUUAUUUCCUUUAUUCCUCCGCUCUUGUAGCUGUUUCCAGCUGCGAUGCAGAUAGUGUCAAAGAAGAUAGUCCAGUCUCGUACCAACAGCACUCUGGUGGGGGUGUUCACCAUCAUCCUCGUCUUCAUCUCUGCCUUUGUCAACAUGGUGAGACUGAACAGAUUGACACACACACCUACAGCAAACAUUUUCCCACAAUUUAACAUGUAUGUGUGUGUCUCCUCGGUUGUAGUUUGCCUGUGACACGGAGAGUUUGGUGGACUGCGUCGCCCGGGAGCUGAACACCUCUGUUUCCAUGGUGACACCCUGUCUCAUCCGCAACCUGUCUGUGUCGGUAGAUGGGGGUCUAGAGAUCUGUCCCAGCCAGGGCCCCUCAUGUCCCUUCCCAGAGGUGAGUGGGUGUGUCACUGAUGUCAGGUUGUAUACUGAUGUCUUUAUAAACUCAGCAAAAAAAGAAACGUCCUCUCACUGUCAACUGCGUUUAUUUUCAGCAAACUUAACAUUUGUAAAUAUUUGUAUGAACAUGACAAGAUUCAACAACUGAGACAUAAACUGAACAAGUUCCACAGACAUGUGACUAACCGAAAUGGAAGAAUGUGUCCCUGAACAAAGGGGGGGUCAAAAUCAAAAGUAACAGUCAGCAUUAAGUUCUGCAGUGCAUCUCCUCCUCAUGGACUGCACCAGAUUUGCCAGUUCUUGCUGUGAGAUGUUACCCCACUCUUCCACCAAGGCACCUGCAAGUUCCCAGACAUUUCUGGGGGGAAUGGCCCUAGCCCUCACCCUCCGAUCCAACAGGUCCCAGACGUGCUCAAUGGGAUUGAGAUCCGGGCUCUUCGCUGGCCAUGGCAGAACACUGACAUUCCUGUCUUGCAAGAAAUCAUGCACAGGAUGAGCCUGCAGGAAGGGUACAACAUGAGGGAGGAGGAUGUCUUCCUUGUAACGCACAGCGUUGAGAUUGCCUGCAAUGACAACAAGCUCAGUCCGAUGAUGCUGUGAGUCACUGCCCCAGACCAUGACGGACCCUCCACCUCCAAAUCGAACCCGCUUCAGAGUACAGGCCUCAGUGUAACGCUCAUUCCUUCGACGAUAAACGCGAAUCCGACCAUCACCCCUGGUGAGACAAAACCGCGACUCGUCAGUGAAGAGCACUUUUUGCCAGUCCUGUCUGGUCCAGCGACGGUGGGUUUGUGCCCAUAGGCGACGUUGUUGCCAGUGAUGUCUGGUGAGGACCUGCCUUACAACAGGCCUACAAGCCCUCAGUCCAGCCUUGCUCAGCCUAUUGCGGACAGUCUGAGCACAGAUGGAGCGAUUGUGCGUUCCUGGUGUAACUCGGGCAGUCGUUGUUGCCAUCCUGUACCUGUCCCGCAGGUGUGAUGUUCGGAUGUACCAAUCCUGUGCAGGUGUUGUUACACGUGGUCUGCCACUGCGAGGACGAUCAGCUGUCCGUCCUGUCUCCCUGUAGCGCUGUCUUAGGCGUCUCACAGUACGGACAUUGCAAUUUAUUUCCCUGGCCACAUCUGCACUCCUCAUACCUAAGGCACGUUCAUGCAGAUGAGCAGGGACCCUGGGCAUCUUUCUUUUGGUGUUUUUCAGAGUCAGUAGAAAGGCCUCUUUAGUGUCCUACGUUUUCAUAACUGUGACCUUAUUUGCCUACCGUCUGUAAGCUGUUAGUGUCUUAACAACCGUUCCACAGGUGCAUGUUCAUUAAUUGUUUAUGGUUCAUUGAACAAGCAUGGGAAACAGUGUUUAAACCCUUUACAAUUAAGAUCUGUGAAGUUGUUUGGAUUUUUACAAAUUAUCUUUGAAAGGGGUCCUGAAAAAGGGACGUUUAUGUUCUUUAUAAAUAACAUGUUAAUCUGAUCAUCAAUCAGUUCUCUAUGUCCUUUUCUCCCUCAGUAUUUCAGCUACAGUGUGCUGCUGACCCUGCUGGCCUGUUCAGUGUUCCUCCAGAUCAGCAGUAUAGGGAAGCUGGCCCUCAUGCUGCUCAUCCAGCUCACCUUCCUGCUGCUGAUGGAGUGGCCACAGGUGGCGCUGUUCGACAAUGCUGACCUCUUCGUCACCUCCAAAGCCCUGUGAGUACUGGGGCUGCUUUCAGGAGGGUUCAACGUUGUGGUCAUCGAUGUUUUCUUAUGCAAAUUAAUUUGACUAAACCAUUUUCUUUCUUAUUUUACUCCUCCAGUGAUUUCAAUGAAACAAUUCAAUGGUCCAGUUUCAAUGAAACUACAGACGAGUGGUAAGUUUGGAUUCAAAGCCUUUCUGAAAUGUUUACAUUUACAUUUUAGUAAUUUAGCAGACGCUCUUAUCCAGAGCGACUUACAGUUAGUGAGUGCCUACAUUUUUCAUAUUGAAAUCAUUGUUUUAUAUCUGUGUAGGUGUGUGUAUGAACCAUUUUCUCUGAUCAACUCUGUCUCUCUGCAGUUUGGUUUGUGUCUUUCUUGGUUUUCUUUCUAACUGUUUCUCUCUGACCUCCUGUUCUGUCUCUCUGCAGCCCGUUCAGUGUGACCAAAGUGUCUCUGAGAGUCAUGACUCCUGUGAUUCUCACUGUGUUUGUGCUGGCGCUCUACCUCCAUGCCCAGCAGGUGGAGUCCACUUCACGCCUCGACUUCCUUUGGAAACUACAGGUACCAUGGGCCUACAGGGGGGCACUCCUCUACCUUGACUACAGCAGAACAUAGUGUAGUAUAAGAUGUCCCCCACCUAUCUUAACAUUUUUACCUCAUGUCCUCCCUCCAGGCCACAGAGGAGAAGGAGGAGAUGGAGGAGCUUCAGGCCUACAACCGCCGCCUCCUCCACAACAUCCUCCCCAAGGACGUGGCGGCUCACUUCCUGGCACGUGAGCGCCGUAACGACGAGCUCUACUACCAGUCCUGUGAGUGUGUGGCCGUCAUGUUCGCAUCAAUUUCCAACUUCUCUGAGUUCUAUGUGGAGCUGGAGGCCAACAAUGAAGGAGUGGAGUGUCUUAGGCUGCUCAACGAGAUCAUCGCUGACUUUGACGAGGUAAAGAGGGAGGGAGGAGAGGAGAGGGUAGCCUACGGGAUUUUGGACGCUUAGUGUCAUUGUGAAUUCCGUGUCUUUUGCCCUUUAGUGCAUUUUCAGUUCUAUCAUCGUUGGCCUCAUGCAUUUCAAAUGGUAUACGUUUUUGGUCAGCCUCAAACCUGAGCCUUUGUGUUUUGUCCUACUCUCAGAUCAUCAGUGAGGAGAAGUUUCGUCAGCUGGAGAAGAUCAAGACCAUUGGCAGCACCUACAUGGCCGCCUCGGGCCUCAAUGAUUCCACCUACGACCGUGAGGGCCGCUCCCACAUUACGGCUCUGGCCGACUACGCCAUGAGACUGAGGGAGCAGAUGAAGUACAUCAACGAGCAUUCCUUCAACAACUUCCAGAUGAAGAUAGGUGAGGGGAAACAGUCUGAAAAAGCUAAAAAAAGCUUUAAAUAAGCUAGCUGAGGUUAAAUAAUAUCACAUGAAGUUCUGAAACACAGAGAGGAUUGAGUGGGAUAGGAACCAGUGUGGCAGACCAAAGAGAGAGUUGGUUAAUAGGAAACGGAGUAGAAUAUGGUUGGAUGCAUGAGUUUGGUAUGAAUAACCAUUAUUUUUAUGAAUCUAUGGUCCGUCUCUCUUUUCUCAGGUCUGAACAUUGGGCCAGUGGUGGCAGGGGUGAUUGGAGCACGGAAGCCACAAUACGAUAUCUGGGGGAACACGGUCAACGUGGCCAGUCGCAUGGACAGCACAGGAGUCCCCGACCGCAUUCAGGUAUGGAGGAUGUCAAUCAGUUAACACUCAGUAGGUCAUACCCCGUUCCUAAUAAGCAUAGUGUAUGCCGCUCAAAAUGCAUUUUAGUCAACAACCCCUUGUUUCUGUUACUAAUUUUUCCACUCACUCCUCAGGUUACCACGGACCUCCACCAGGUGCUUUCAGAUAUAGGAUAUGUUCUGGAGUGCCGUGGUGUCGUUAAAGUCAAGGGCAAAGGGGAAAUGACGACCUACUUCCUGAAUGACGGACCGCCCAAUAGUUAGCAGCCGUGGCAGCACUAGCCGGGACCAUUCCCGCGGCAACACUACUGAGGGAGGACUCGCACUGCGAGCUAGCGGCUAACAACUAGCGACGCCAUCACUUGAAACCCGAGCCAAGAGAAAGACUUUGAGACUCCAGGACUUGAGAAGGAAAUUGUUCUUGUUGAGAAGGAAAGUCUACUUGUGUGGCAGCCAUGUUUUGGCGCCCGCAUACAUGGAAGGACUAGUGUUUUUCUCAUGUCUAGCCUCUCUCUCAGGCUACUUUAAAGAUGCAAAGUCUGUUUAUUUAAAACAACGCCUUUAGCCUGUGUCAGAAAAAGAAAAAGGCUGUACAUAAGGCUACUUUCUAUUUGACUUCAUUUUGUGUGAUUUUUUUUUUUUUCGUUUUUUUUUUUUCUUCUGCAGAAUUAUGA